ACAGUGGCAGCUCCAGACUUAUUGGACCCCAAAUCCGCCACUCACAACACCAAGCCCCGCCUCUCCUUCUCCACAAAGCCAAUAACACUGAGUGCACGGGAGGAGAACGAGGUGGUUGCCACGGUGAUGAAGUGGAAGACAGUGUUGGCCAUCUUCCUUUUGGUGGUUUUGUAUCUGGUAAUGGGGGCAGCAGUCUUCAGAUCCCUAGAACAGCCCCAUGAGAGUGCCCAGCGUUUGGCUAUUCUGUCUCAGAAACUGGAGUUUCUUUCUAAACACUCCUGUGUUAACCACAGCCAGCUGGAGGAGCUUGUCAAGCAAGUGGUGUCUGCAAUUCGUUCAGGGGUGAACCCAGCAGGGACACUGACCAACCAUAGCAGCCUCUGGGACCUAAGCUCGGCCUUCUUCUUUGCUGGGACUGUCAUCACCACAAUUGGUUUUGGGAACAUCUCUCCCCACACGGAAGGCGGGAGAAUCUUCUGUAUCGUGUAUGCUCUGUUAGGGAUACCUCUCUUUGGCUUCUUGUUGGCUGGUGUGGGGGAUCAGCUAGGCACCAUAUUUGGGAAGGGUAUCGCCAGAGUGGAGAAGAUGUUUGUGCAUUGGGACAUCACUCAGACAAAGAUUCGGGUCAUAUCCACGCUGCUCUUUGUAUUGUUUGGCUGCCUGCUGUUUGUGGCACUCCCAGCAGUCAUCUUUAAACACAUUGAGGGCUGGUCUGCAUUGGAGUCGCUCUACUUUGUUGUCAUCACCCUGACCACCAUAGGAUUUGGAGACUUUGUAGCAGGUGGAUCAGAGAUAGAGUACUUAGACUACUAUAAGCCAGUUGUGUGGUUCUGGAUUCUGGUGGGAUUGGCUUACUUUGCUGCCAUUCUUAGCAUGAUAGGAGACUGGUUAAGAGUCAUCUCCAAGAGGACCAAAGAGGAGGUCGGUGAGAUCCGUGCCCAUGCUGCGGAGUGGACGGCCAACGUCUCAGCGGAGAUCAAAGAGACACGCCGUCGCGUUAGCGUCGAGAUCUAUGACAAGUUCCAGCGCGCUGCAUCGAUCAAGCGCAAGCUGUCCUCUGAGCUGGGUUUGAGCCCCGCCCCUGAGCUCACCCUCCCCAAGAGGGGUGUGUCGGUCAACUUCAACGAUGAACGGGAGAAAGAGAAGAAAGAGAAGGACGCAGGGUCGCAAGGUUUGACAACGCCCCUGACCAAAAAUGACGGUUUGUUUAUGAAUGGUUUAGACCCGGAGAGGGGAGAUAUUGCCAUUAUAGAACACCUUAAGUAG